UGUGUUUGGAAUUCCUUUGUUUAAUUGUUCAGUUCUGUUCGAAUCGUUGACUGAAAAUGUGGCUGACUAAACCUAACACGCAAAUUGCAAUUGGCCUAAUAGUUUUUGGCAUAGCCAUGACUACAAAUGCCCAGCCUUUUCAUUGGAAUGAAUAUUUGCAGCUAAUGCGUGAGCUGCAAUUUGUGGCAACUUUGGGACUGGCCUUUGGCAUUUUUAAGGCCCAUUCAAAGCAUACGGAUAAAUUUCUGCUUCUUUGGCUGGUCAUCACAGCAUUCUGCUUUCUCUCAUUGUUGAAUGCAGGUUUAAUGCAUUGGUGUCAACAUUUGAGAUAUGGUAGUGGAUCUUUUAUCUGGACUCUUCUUCCUUGGACAUUUGCAGCUGGUGUGGCUUAUUUGUGGAAUAUCAUAUACAAGGACUACGUGGAAUUGAAAUUCGGAGCUGAUGAUCCGGUCGAUAAAGACGUCGUGACUCCAGAACAGACGCCAUCGAAAUAUCCCAAUCCGGAGAGUCUGACAAUCUUGGUGCAUGGAAAACGAAUGAAGUAGUUUCAAUAUUGCAACAUUUAAAUUAUUGUGUUUAAAUCGAAAUGUGUGUAUUUACUUUAAUAUUAAUAUCUAACAAAAUAUAGCAGGACAACUUUCACUUGA